GCCAGGAGAGGGUCAGCGGUGUGAGGGUGGUCUGUGGUGCAGAGUGGACUGAGAAGAGAACCAUUCCUGGAGGUCGCCAGCAGAUGGAGUGGGACCACCCAUCCCGGAAUCCAUUACUCUUCAUUUCUCAACUCGGUGUAAAGCUGGUAACAGAACAGACCCUUUUCGCAGGAGAUAUUCUGACAUGCCAGCAGCCAAUGCUGAAAUCCUCCAAAAGCAAUCCCACCUCUGGCUGCAACUGCUGUUUCAAAAUGCUGUUUACUUUAGGACUUCUCCUCCUUCUCACCCCAUUUCCCUCCUUUCAAACCACAACCAAUGAGAAGAGAGAUGCCAAAGGAAGCGACGAGACCAGUGCCCAUGCUGUUUUCUCUCUUUCAAAACCAAAAACCACUGCUGCCCCUUCCAAACAGAUCGUUCACCCCACCCUUAAGAUAAACACAGUAAAUCACACUAUUUUACCCACUACAACCUCCCAUCAGAAACCUCCAAGAAUCAAUGCCACAGCAGCCAUCAAAGGUAGGCAAAAUCCUGUAGUCAUUCAAACCGCUCUAUCAGCAGCUGUAAAAGCUUCAACGGCUAGUCGAACCAUCACGAACAAAGACAAGCUUACAGUCUCAGUUAACCAGACUGCUUCAGCUAAGUCAGCCUCGGUUCGUGAGAGUAAGAGCGGGAAACUCAAGCAUUUCCCCACUGGAGCACCAAAUGUUCAGUCCACGAGGUCUCUGGUUUCAGCCGGCACUAAAACUCCAAAAGGAAAUCCCCAACACUCUGCCAAUCACACUGCUUCUGUAAAAUCCCCUUCAACCAGUAAUGAGAAGACUGUCAAAGACAAACAUCCCCCAACUGUCUCUCAAAAUGUUCAGUCAACAUCUAUCAAGCCUUCCUCUGCCAGUGGCUCUAAAACCACUAAAAUCAAGCCCACAUCCUCUGUCAAUCAGACAAAUGCUAAUUCUCCCUCCACCAGUGACGUGAAGUCCAAAGACAAGCCUGCCUCAAAAAAACUCAUUCUUUUGUUAACGCCAGCAAAGGCUAGCAAUACUAAUGGUUCAGUAGUGGAAAAAAAUAAGGCCACAUCCUCUGCAGAUCCCAUUGCUCCCGUCAAGGCUCCCAGCAGCAUAAACAGAGAAAAGCCACCCCCUUCUCAGGCACUCAAGGUGAUCAUCAGUGAUGGCUGCAACUCGACCCAUGCUAAGGAGCAGGAGUUGAAGCUAAAGCCUGGCGCUCCUCUGGUGAUGACACAUAAGAUCAGCCUGCUGCCCGGGGGUUGCACUGGAGGCUGUGAGGCUGAGAUGGCAGCGCUCAAAGGACGAGUGGCAAGACUGGAAAGAGAGAUGUCUUCUCUGAAAGAAAAAUGUCCAUGUUCUGCUAAUUGUCCAAAUCACUGCAGUGGAAACGGGGAAUGCGAGAAGGGGAAAUGUAUCUGCCAACAAGGAUUCAUGGGUUCUGACUGCAGUCAGUGCGCUCAGGGUGCAGACUGUAACAAAAAAGGUUCUGAAAGGAAGAUCCAGACUGCACAGGAAAAGAUGAGCAAAGACAAGGAGAAUCAGAAAAAGGGGCCAUAUGCCAAUGAGACAGACACAAAUGUCAAAGCCUCUGACCCUAAACAAAGGGCUCCAAAACAAUCGGAAAAACAAGACAUCGCAGAAGAGAAAAUACAUGUUAAGAUCAAUUCAAGUGGUGCAAAACUAAAUUCAUCCGUUAGUCCAUCUCCAAAUGACGAUGGAACAGGAAAGGAGGCCCUUAAAGGCAAAAUAACAAUCAAAAAGGUCCCUCAAAAAUCUGAGACUAAGGUGGACGAUGGGGGCUCAAAACAAAAUCAUCUGAGAGAUGAACCCCAAUCGAAUGUAACACAUGUCAGUGUGAGGAAAAUGAACGACACAACUGGAAGUGUGACCAAUCCCUCCAAAACCACAAGGAUAAACAAAACCCAGACUGGAAAGGAAUCUUUGCAACAGUCUACACUUGGGGAGAAAAACGUUACUCAGUCAUCUGGACAAAAACAAGGCAAGAUAAGCAAAUCAGAUGGUAAAAAUGUGCAGGCUAGUGACAAGAGAAAAAAGACUCAGAAUGUUGUGAAUGCAACCAUUAUGACUCCAGUAGAUGGGGCAAAACUUCCUCACAACAAAACAUCUAGCCAUGGUUCAAGAAUAAGCCUCAGUAAGACUGGGGGUUUGGGCUCAGUGAGGGCUGCAAACAUCUCCUCCUACAGCUUCACAAUCAUGUGGUCAGCACCGCAAGGGAUGUUCAAGAACUUCACUGUGAUAAGAAGAGAGCCACAGACAGAGGGUGAUGGAGACGAACAGGAACCAUUUGAAGAGGAUGUCACUGCAAAGGAAAAAGUGUCAGCAGUAAGAAAUGUUACUGAGUUACCCAGUGUGAGCACAGACAUGACUUCCUCUUCUGAUAAGGCUGUUGGAUCAAGAGGUAAGGCCGAAGCCAAGAGAAUAUCUAUGGUGGUCCCUGGCAAUGUGCGAUCUGUGGAGUUCAGUAAACUUCGGGCAAACACGCGCUAUGUCCUGCAUGUGUAUGGAACUGCAGCUGACAGAAGAUCAAAGAUCCACAGAGUAACAGUGACCACAGGGCCUGAACCACCCACAGAGAUGGUUUUCAGCAAUGUAACAGAAUCUUCUCUUUCUGUUUCCUGGACCAAACCAAAGGCCAAGUUCACAGGAUUUAGAGUCACUUACAUCAAUAUUGUUACAGGAGAAACACUCUUUACUACGGUGGACUCUCGGCAGUCUCACGUUGUUCUUUCUGAACUGUCUCCUGGAUCCUCCUACAUCAUCAGUGUGGCUUCAAGGCAUGGCCGAGUCCAGAGUGAUGAACUCAUCUCUGCAAUCACCACUGUGCCAGCUCCACCAACACGUCUUCAAGUCGUCAACGUGACAGAUACCAAAGCUGUGCUGCAAUGGACUCCCAGUCUGGGAAAAGUCGACCGAUUUAUUAUCACCUACGAGUCCUCCAAAAUUCCUAAUGUGACAGUAACAGUGAUGCUGCCCGGUAACUCAGUGGAGCAUCAGCUCAGAGGUCUACAGAGAGGCACCCUGCACAGUGUCAAAGUACUGAGUCAAAAGGACAGUCUUCAAAGCACGUCCAUCUCAACUAAAUUCACCACUGCAAAUGUGGUUAAAGCCAGUGAGGUUGGACCUCGCUCUGCUAUUAUUGCUUGGAGGACUCCCAUCGUUUACCACAGCUACCGAGUGAUCUAUUGUUUGGCAGGAGAGGAGACAAAGGAGGUGAUCCUGGAGCCCAGUGUCACGCAAUAUAAACUGACAGGGCUUUUGCCAAUGUCACGCUAUACUGUUGUGGUACAAGGCGAGAAAAAUGGACACUAUACAUCUGUUUUCACCUCAGAAUUUAUAACAGGAAAACUGCGCUUCCCCUACCCUACAGAGUGCUCCCAGGAGCUGCUUAAUGGAGCACUGCGGUCAGGGGAGGUGGACAUCUACCCACAGGGAAAAGAUGGAGGAGCAGUGAGAGUUUACUGUGACAUGGAGGCCGAUGGAGGCGGCUGGACGGUGUUCCAAAGGAGGAUGAACGGGAAAACAGAUUUCUACAGAACUUGGAAUGAAUACAGAGCUGGCUUUGGAAACCUGAGUGAAGAGUUCUGGCUAGGCAACGAGCUCCUACACAACCUGACCAGCAUCGGCCAAGUGAGUUUGAGAGUGGACAUGCGAUCUGAAAAUGAAACGGCUUAUGCUCACUACACAAACUUCUCCAUCGCUUCGGAGGACAGCCACUAUGCUAUUAAACUGUCUGGCUACACAGGAACCGCAGGUGACUCAAUGAGAUACCACAAUGGGCGUCCCUUCUCUGCCCGAGACAAGAACCCUGACCCUCUUGGUAUCCACUGUGCCAGAGCUUACAUGGGAGGCUGGUGGUACAAGAACUGCUACAAGACCAAUCUCAAUGGUCUUUAUGGUAUAAACAGUAACAACCAGGGAGUUGUCUGGAUCGACUGGAAAGGGAAAGACUUCUCUAUUCCCUUCACUGAGAUGAAGUUCAGACCUUCCAGGUUCUCCCCUACAACUCAU